AUGCAUACAGUUCUGACAGAUUACAUUGAUUUUCAGAUCACUUAUCCGGCCGAUCAAUGCAAGAAGAGCGUUAACAUCGUCGAAAACGAGACUUUCCCGCGAUUGAAACGACCGGAAGAUGUAAUAAGCUGGGAGAGUAUGGACGCGGAGGGUGGAAAGAAAAAGGGCAAGAGGAAGAGGAAAUCUGAUCGAGCCAGAGAGAAAAGGCGGCGAGAAUGGGAAGAAAAGGCCGCGAUACGCGAAGCGGAAGAAAAAGAACGUUUGCGUAGGUGGGAGGAAUGUUGGGAAAAGAAAUUUCAAGAAGAAGAGGAACGUAAUAAUGCGGAGUGCUGUUUGGGCAAAGGAUUGUGCCUGAAACCCAGAACUCAGUCCAACAUUUGGAUCAACGUCGUUCGGGAUAGAUCUAUUCAAGAAAUACGUAUGGCUUUUAAACACGUUCCCGUCCCAAAACCAAAGCCUCCUCCGCUACCGCCAUUACCGAGACAAAAAGCAUCGGUUACCGUAUCCAAGGAGCAAAGCAGCGUGCAGAAAGUUGACAAAAAGAGCGGUACAACGAAGAAGAAAAAGAAAUAGGAUACAUUUCCAGUG